GGGUACUGUUAUUUCAAACAUGCACAACCUGCGGGGUAUGUUGGGGAGGAGGAGGAGAGGGAGAAGACGGAGGAGCAGCAAAGGAAGGAGGAGGAGAAAAAGGCGAAACGAAUUGCGUACACAAAUGAACAUGCAUCGGAGUGGAAUGCGGAGCCUCGGGACUCGAUACCGAUGGAAUUGAUUGGUGACUCCUCCACAGGGGUGAAUAGGAUUAACGGUCUCUGGGCAACAUCCAAUAUUAUCUACAAGCACAUUCUCGGCGACAUUCAAAACAGGCUGGAGCAUAUCUCGGUGUUGUAUGGUAUGAGGCCUCCGAGUUGGGGCCACAAUAUGUUCAAGUGGAUCUAUCGAGAGGGAAACGAAAGAGCUGACAGGCUGACAUGGUUGGCCAGAACCAGAAAUAGUUACGUUACGUUCCAUACCUCUCUUAUUGAACAUGCGAGCAAAACAAAGCUAGACGGCCUCCGUGGAUUCUUCGACGGACGUCGCUCUGUGGAGGGAUGUGCUGCAGGAUGGUGUAUAGAUUUGUGUGUACACGGGACGUGGCAGUUGGUGGCGGAGGAAGCUUUCUCGCUUGAUGCCUCUGCUUCUGUCAUGUUCUGUGAGAUGUUUGCAGCACAGCGGCUCUGUAUGGCCGUGGAACACAUUUUGGGUACCCUUUCAUCCAAGCAGCUGACUCAUUUCUUUUUUCUUGGAUUUGCUUCUUCACUCUAACCAUCUUGCAUCUUAUUCCUAUGUCUACGCCUCCGUGGCUCGGCAGUGUGAAGAUAAGAGAUGCUUUUCUUUCUUGCUGCAUCCUAUUCCGAUGCCUAUGCCUCCGUGGCUCGGCAGUGUGAUGAUAAGAGAUGCUCGCACUUGCUACCCUGUGCUCCGUUUGGGAGUCUUAGGGUUCAGCUGACACAGCUGUCCGCGCCCUGACUCAAACUCAAAAAAACCAAGGUUGGCGGUUUACCGCCAGCUCCCAGUUCUGGAGGCUGUGGCGGAGGGUGG